GACUCUGGUAGAGGAUCCCAAGUUCCCAACCCUGCCGUCCGAACCCUAAUCCCUGCUAUCUCCGCUUCCAACCCACCGUCAUCGUCCCCCCUCCCCCUUCCUUUCUUCCUAGCCAAAACCCUAGCCCUACCAUCUCGAGAGCCAUCCUCCAAUGGCAGACGACGGGCAGAAGAGAGGAGAAGAAGAGGAGCAGGUGGUGAACCCGUGGGAAGUCACCGCCAAAGACGGCGGCAAGAUCGACUACGAUAAGCUGAUCGAGAAGUUCGGCUGCCAGCGGCUCGACUGCUCCCUCAUCGACCGCGUCGAGCGCCUCACCGGCCGCCCCGCCCACGUCUUCCUUCGCCGCGGCGUCUUCUUCGCCCACAGGGAUUUCAAUGAGAUACUUGAUGUUUACGAAAGGGGGGAGAAGUUCUAUUUGUAUACAGGGAGGGGGCCGUCGUCCGAAGCUCUGCAUCUGGGGCAUCUGGUUCCCUUCAUGUUCACGAAAUAUUUGCAGGAUGCUUUUAAGGUUCCUCUUGUAAUACAGCUAACUGAUGAUGAGAAGUGCAUGUGGAAGAACCUCUCAGUAGAAGAGAGUAAAAGGCUUGCUCGUGAGAAUGCAAAAGACAUAAUUGCAUGUGGCUUUGACAUGACAAGAACUUUUAUUUUCUCAGAUUUUAAUUAUGUUGGUGGUGCCUUUUAUGAGAACAUGGUCAAGGUUGCAAAAUGUGUCACAUUUAAUAAGGUUGUGGGAAUAUUUGGCUUCACACCAGAAGAUCAUAUCGGAAAAAUUAGCUUCCCACCUGUUCAGGCAGUCCCAUCAUUUCCUAGUUCAUUUCCACACCUCUUCCCUGGCAAGGACCAGCUUCGUUGCUUGAUACCAUGUGCCAUUGACCAGGAUCCUUAUUUCAGAAUGACACGAGAUGUUGCUCCCAGGAUAGGAUACCAAAAACCGGCUUUAAUUGAAUCGUCAUUCUUCCCUGCUCUUCAGGGGGAGACAGGAAAGAUGUCAGCAAGUGAUCCAAAUUCUGCAAUAUAUGUGACAGACUCCUCCAAAGACAUAAAAAAUAAGGUGAAUAGGUAUGCCUUCUCUGGUGGCCAAGAUUCUAUAGAGAACCACAGGAAAUAUGGAGCCAACCUAGAGGUGGAUAUUCCUGUCAAAUACCUUAGUUUCUUUCUUGAAGAUGAUGAUGAACUUGAGCACAUUAAGAAGGAAUAUGGUUCUGGAAGGAUGCUAACCGGCGAGGUCAAGAAACGUCUUAUUGAGGUCCUCUCAGAGUUGGUUGAGCGACAUCGCAAGGCUCGGGCUGCAGUUACUGAUGAGAUGGUGGAUGCUUUCAUGGCUGUCAGACCUCUACCCAAUAUGUUCAGCUAAAUAGCUUUUGACACACGGAUGUCAACUCAACUUGUCUCAAUGAUGCAAAUGAGUGAACAACAAAGCAGUUCCUCUUCACUGAUUAUCACUGAACGAAUUAUUAUAGUACUCCCAUUUAUAUCACAACCAAAGAGCCUAUAGAGAAAUCAAGUUUGUAGAAUCAAGAAUUCGGGAGGAUAGUGAAUUUAUUUGUCUUUCAUAACUUGACAGUAAUUUUUGUUGGAAAAUUGCUCCUGUCAGCACGAAAACAGAAUUAAUUUAAUGUGCUUUUGUUCUUUUGUUCAACACUAGCAAAAUAUGUGGGUGUUUAUUUCUUUUGUCCAGCUUGCAUGCUGUUGUGCUGAAUCCAGUUGUUAUUUCAACCAGUGGUUCUAUGUGUCUAUAAAGUAUAAACUGAAAUUCACUUAAGUGCUUCUCAUCA